UUUUGCUUCCGGUGUCAAACGUACUCGAGAAAGUGCGUUUGCUAGCGGCUAACCGGACCCAAGCUGGCACAAAUGCUUAGUUAAAACAAGCAUUUUGCAGCAUUUUUGCCUUAAAUUGUGAGUUUGUCAUCCCCUCUUUGAAUCAGGAGACAGUCCUCUGGUUCUCCCGGUAUGGAGGGUCCCUCCGCACGGUCCUCCACCGCCCCGGGGGAGAGGAGGGAGUCCGGCGUGGACUCAGACCCCACUCGAGACACGAAAACCCACUUUCGCGUGUGUCGCUUCAUCAUGGAGGCGGGGGUGAAGCUGGGCAUGCGCUCGGUGCCGGUGGCCACGGCCUGCGUGCUGUACCACCGCUUCUUCCAGCGCGCCAGCGUGCGCGUGUACGAGCCCCACCUGGUGGCCAUGAGCUGCGUUUACCUGGCCGGGAAGGUGGAGGAGCAGCACAUCCGGACCCGCGACAUCAUCAACGUCAGCCACAGGUACUUCAACAGAGGCAGCGCCCCGCUGGAGUGUGACCGGGACUUCUGGGAGCUGCGGGACAGCGUGGUGCAGUGCGAGCUGGUCGUGCUCCGCCAGCUCAACUUCCACGUGUCCUUCGAACACCCGCACAAGUACCUGCUGCACUACCUUUUGUCGGUGAAGUCUCUGGUGAACCGGCACGCCUGGUGCCGGACGCCGGUGGCCGAGACUUCCUGGGCGUUGCUAAGAGACUGUUACCACGGAGCCGUCUGCAUCCGGCACAGCCCGCAGCACAUCGCCGUGGCAACGCUGUACCUGGCCCUCAACAGCUACGGCGUGGAGCUGCCCGCCGGAGAGAGGGAGUGGUGGCAGGUGCUUUGUGAGGACGUGACCAAAGCCGACAUCGAGGCGGUGAUCUCUGACCUCCUCCGGCUCUACGACCUGGAGGCCAAAUGCAUCUGACCACUCAAAUAUGCAGCAACCGCAGUACCGCCUCCGGCCACCGGGGGGAGACAUUUCCCAGUUUAUGGACGCUCCCCCUCUCUCUCCUCUCUGCUCAUUUCCUGCUCUAAACACCACCCAGAGGCCUCCACUCCAUCAGGAAAUACACAGAAACUACACCUCAGGUGUUCUGGAUCCUGAUCUUUAUCCUUUUAAUUGAAGGAAGAAGAAGUUUUAGGCCAUAAAGGACCUGAAACUGUGUCUGAGCAGCCCGUUCUGACUCAGAUUGAAUCGGACUCGGCAGCUCUGGAUCCUCCCGGUUAAAUAAUCCGUUGUGUUUUUGUAGGUCGGCCGUUAGUGGAGAACCAGCUCAUGAAUUAUGGUUUGAAUCCGGUGGUUUUAUUAAAGUUUUACCGGCUGGCUGUGACGUGAAAGGGUUCACUGGAGGGUUUUCCAGCUCUGUUUCCAGAGAGGAAAAUAAAAAGUGUUUUUGUAUUUUUUGUCACAUCUGUGAUUCAAUGUGUGUUUCGUUUUGAUUUUGUACUACAGUUGCUAAAUUAACCUCCUCCCAGAGUGUGUUUUUUCUUCAUAUUCCAGGCCGGAAACGGCUCUCUGGUGAUGCGUAAUGGCGGCCCGGUGGAGUUUGG